UUUCUCAGUUUCGGUGGCGAGCGAAAGUGAUGUUGAGAAACCCGAGUCAAAAGUGUCGUGAAUAACACCAUGUCGUGUCAGCUGGUAAAGAUAGCAGCAAUUAGCAACGUCGCCAAGGUCAAGUCCUACCUGUUUCCAACCAGCCAAGACCAACAGGAUGACGCAGCGUCGAAGCCGGUCGCCGACGCUUGGGACUGGCCUUUGGAAAAUGAACAGCCAACCGAAGCCAAGCCGGCCAAAGAAGAAGACAAGUGGCUUCAAGACUGUGUUGUCGCGCUGUCAUCGACGGCCGAUGUUUUGGCUCUGGCGAAGGAUAAUGUGGUCGUGUUCCUCACAGCCAAGCAUGGCGUAUCCGAAAAGAACGACUGGAAGUACGAGGUGUCAUUCCACAGCGAGCUGCGCCCAUCAAACAAUGAUGCCGUGACUUCCAUGCUGUGCUUGCCAAUGAGCUCCCAGAAGAGGAGCUACCAGGGAGGGCCUGACUGGACCUGUAUUGUGGUCGGCUUCAAAUCCGGCUACGUCCACAUGUACACUGAGGAUGGUCGCCUGCUGCUGAACCAGAUCCUUCACGAGGAGCCUGUGCUGUCGUUGAAAGUGCAGACCUACGUGCCGCGUCGUUUCAGCGGUUUCGGAGAGCAGCAAGACGAAGUGAGGGUCACGUAUCCCCACGCUGUCGUCUGUCUCGAGGGCUUCGGUUUGUUCCAGACGCUUCGGGCAUGCCGGAAUCAGCUGGCCAGAGGUGGCACUGGCAAUCAGGGUCCUGCCGUUACUCCUCCACCAUUGAGCUACAAGAAGUGGGGACCCCAGGACAUACGUCACGUGCGAGACUGUGAAGCUGUUGGAACGGUGGCCCCUCGUCUCUUUGACCAGAUGGUCACAGAGUCUAUCCGCAAGUCUCACGGUGGCAUGGUGCGAUUCUCGGCUGCCGCCUCGAGUCUCAUGUGCGUGACGGGCUCGGACCCAUUCGUCGGCUUCUACUACGCCAAAGAGGGCUUUGUGCAGCCUCACCUCACAGAUGUUGCUGUUGCAGUGGCAUCACGGGUCAAAACCUUCCUCGCUGACUCCCUCCUGGGGAAGCUCACAAAGACACAGCAGGAGGAAGUGAAAGCGCCUCCCAUCGAACCGGCCACGGGAGUACCGAUGCGGUGCGGCAUCUUCGACAGGCAUCGUAAUGGCAUGCGAAUCUUCCUGUCUCCGAGCAAGCAGAUGGCCGCCGUCACAGAUAGCGUUGGCAGGAUUGUCCUGUUCAGCGUCUUUCAGAACACCGCCACGCGCAUCUGGAAAGGCUACCGUGAUGCUGAGUGUGGCUGGGUCGAGGUUGAAGACAGUUCACCCGACACUGCGAUCAAUGGAGUGCCGAGGAGAACGCAGUUUCUCAUUGUCUACGCACCACGCUGGGGUCUUAUCGAGGUAUGGUGUCCACACCAGUCUUCGAGAGUGGCUGCCUUCGAAGUUGGGAAAGGUGGCAGACUCCUGUACAGUAACUACACACUUAUGGGUCUGAACAACGUACUGGUCAAGACUGUACGGCCUAACACCUACCAGUGCUGCUACAUGACGUCCGAGGGCAAGCUGUACGCAGUGGCUGUUCCUUUUCACCGUGUCCUCAGCGAGCGCAGCCGUGCCCGCGACUGGCAGCUGCUCAACGAGGUGCAGGUGCUGUUGAAGGAAGUCGACCCGCCCGUCGACGAGGCCCAGCUGGUUGCAAAGCUUGGCCGCCUGUUGCGUGACAUGAAAGCAGUCAGCGUGCAGCAACAGGCCUUGGAAAAAAUCGUUCACAGCAGCAAGGCGUCGCACUUCGUCGUUUCGACGAUACUCGGGGUGCUCGAACCGAAGCCGCGGGAACAACAAGCAUCAGAAGAUGAAGAAGUCAACUGCGACUUCGAUACCGAGCUGUUGCACAAGACCUGCCGGAGACUCCGGCAGCUCUGCCACCUCCACAAGGCUGUAGACAAGUCGCAAGUCGAUGACGUUUACGAGCCAUCAUCGGAAGAGGUUUCAGCAGAGGAGCUGGUGGAUGAGCUGUCCAUGCCACCUAAGAAAGUGUCGCGCAUGUUGACACACGUUUCGCGUUACCUGCCGCUCUGGACGUCCAGCUCCGCCAAGCGGGUGACCUUUGGUGAUGAGAACCCCGUCGCGCUGCCCGUGUUCCUCAGCUACUUUGACAUUGGCGACAGUCACUUGGCAAGGGAUCGGAACGACGAGGCUCCCCUGCCCGUGACGACCAAGGCAGACGCCGACUGCAAGCAGCUUGGACACCUCCUGUUCUCGAGAGCGCUUGGAUCCUGUGGCUGUCAUCCAUUGCUCCUGGAAGCGCUAAGGAAGUCCGGCAUUGCACCGUCCUCGCUAGUGCAAUGCCUCCUACAUGAAUGGCUGUCGUCCAGUUGGGCCGUGACCAACAGAAGGAGCUGGUGCCUGUUCAGUUCGCUCCUCAAGUCGCUCGUUGAGAUGGCAGGAGAAGAGGCUCACUUCACGGCAUCGAUGACAAUGUCGCCGUGGUGGCGAGGUAUUCGAACGGUGCUCGCUGGGUCGACAAACGUUCCGGCAGCCUACAUAGGAGCUGCCAUCGUGAGCUACGUGGCACAAAGCUUUCUGCGGUUUCCGAGCCCACAGAAGGACGAAGACGGUGCCGAUACCUCGGAAAAUGCGCCUCAGCAAACAGAAGAAAAUGAAGACAAGUCUCCAGAAAAACUAUCGGCACCACAGCGUCCUCCCACCGGUGACCGCGAUGACCCGGUCAUCAUCAACGAUGACGGCGAAAUUGAGGAAGACACCUGGGAGCCUGUGGUCAUCGAGUGCGACCACUGGGAGUCACUGCUGGGCAAACUGGGGGACGUGCUGGUGCUAGCGUCGCUGCUGAAGCGCUCGUGCGACGAACGCCAGCUCUACCCCGAGCACCGGGAAGUCUCCCUCACCUCGCUGUUUGCCCGAGGCCAAGGUGUCAUCACCGAACUGGUGUCUGCAUGGGCCUGUGACCUUGAAAUGACACCUGAAGACCUCCGACGGCUCACCAAGCUCCAGUUUCCCGCUGGCUCCGAGUCUCAGGAAGACGGUAUCGAUUUGCAUUUCGUACGGGCGAGACGACGAUUCGCUCGGUCCUUGGAGCUCGACUCGUUGCUAGUCAACUGCGCCUCGGAGCAGCUCGUGCGGUGGGACCGUGACCGGGACCAGAUAGACCGGCUGUCCAAGGCCUCAGCCUUCCUCUCUGCCGUUUCCAGUAGCAUACUCAAGAAUGGUGUGGGCCUGAUCAUAUGGAAGACGUUCCUGCAAAAACGAUUCGAAGCUUUAGUUCUGCUGAUGGAAAAGAUGGGAAAGACGCCCAAGGACCGCAUCUGUAGGAGGGACGUGGAGAUCAGUGACAUCCACCUGGAGCCAUUUGUGCGGUUUUGCACGGAAGUUUUGGAUGCGAUCGUCGACGCCUCGCUAGGCCCAGAGGCCGAGACUCUGCCGGUGCUGCCGCAAGGGGAGCCCCUGUGGGAAGGGGUUCCGCAGGACGCGUCGCGGCCGCAGCCGCUCGUGGCGCACGCGCUCGGCCAGCGCCCUCCCAACCUGGCGUCGGUGCGGCACCACCAGCUCUUGGCCACCGUGGUCCAGGUUGUGGUGAUGUUCAGCAUGCGCUCUGUGCGGCCGCUGUCCCUCUUCACGCCGACGGUGCGCAAGGCAUUCUUUCAGGACCUUCACGCACCGCUGCUAGCACCGAGUGCCGGAAUUUCUUCGUCGCUUACGUCGUCGCCACAGCAGAGCUUCCUGCUGCGUGCUGCUUCGGCUGUAAUGCAGUCCCUGCCCGACAAUCCGGACAACAGCGUGCUCGGCUCGACUUUCGGCUGGAUGAACCGGCUGCUCGAUUUGGCUUGCAGUUGGGGAGAGGACCGAGACCUGGUGCGGCGGCACUGCGUCUGCGAGCUCUAUUCUGCCGGCCACGACAUCCUUGCACAGGAGGUGUCCCUGGCAGUCAAGGACAAGGCCCAGCUAGCCUCCUGCCUCCUGGUGAUCGCCGGGCAGCGCAUGCACCACCUGCUCUUCAUGAACGAUGCCCACCGUCCCAGCCAGAUGGCGCUACUGUCCCCGCACAUCAGCACUUGGAUUCUGUCCCUGGACCUGAGCAAUCUGCGUUGCUGCAAUCCACCGAUGGUGCAAACGGCCAACCUCCUUCAGAACAUUGUCAGCAUGCUUCCGGAGGACCACUCAGAACACCGACUGGCGUUGUCCCUGUUAGACGUCUUGGAAUCCUUGCCCGAGCCUUCCUAGCCUCGAGCCGAGGUUGCAUAGGAGCGCCGUUCAUGUGAUAUGGGUUCACGCUUUUGUGACUGACUCAACGUUCAUGUGGUUCCUCGACGAAACCAAGAUUGAGUCGCAGCGCCGCGACUCAACACAGUGAUGGUUGACAGACCUGAAAGCGAAGGCACGGUGCACGUUUGACAGGUGAAAUUCCGGCUGGUGGAUUCCCAACAGGUGACUUUUCCAGCGCGAUUCUAAACAGAUGUAUCAUCAAUGAGCGCAUCACCAGUUAAGUUGUCUGCAAUGACGCGGGCUGUAUGAAGGCAACGCGCGUUCGUUAAUUCCUUGGCUAUUUUCAGUGCACGUAAAUGCACCAUUUUAACUAUCGUACAGCUGAACUCUGAUACACUGAACCUGAAGAGAAUCGCAAAAUAGUUCUGUAUAUAUCGGCAAUUCAAUAAGAGAUACAGGUAUGUAGUAUGCUUCACUGCAUGGUUCUUACUGCUGUUAGUAUGUUUCACCUCAUUACAGUCUUGAAUUGCUGUGAAGCGUGUUAAGCCUGUUGCAGAAGCCAUUUAUAUUCUGAGACGUGCAUGUGUUCAUUUUGCCUCCAUGGCAUGGAACUCCCUUCAGAUUUAAGGCCUUGUUUCUCAGCGUCUACCAAAACGGUGCAGUUUAGUGGCCAUAAAUAUUUUCGUCGACGCAAGAAAUGAUUUCAGUACUCAUUAGGAGAGACACAAUUGUAUUUGAAACUAUAUUGAAAGUUGUGACGAACGUUUUUUUACGUGAGACUGUAGUGUCAUGUCCAGACAUAAUGAUAAUUAUUGCUGAGGUUACAAUGAGAAUCUUAAAGGGAUACUGGCACAAAAUUUCGCGGCUGAGGUAGCCUGCGGGCUCGAUUCCCAUGAACGUGCGUGUAUCAUCUACCAAAUCUGAACAGUGAAUACAGCUUGGAAGGUGAGUUACAUGAAUUUUGAAGUUCACGUGCCCAGUCCAGCUCUGUACGCCACACCUAGCGACAUUGACAUCAUACAAAGUGACCUGGAGGUGACCCCCAAAUUCCGCGACGUCACCGCUGCGGCCGAGCACCGAGAUGCCCAGCUAAAUCACGAUGUCAUAGUCGCCAUUGCGCUUUUGCCGCACUUGCACCAGCAGGCUACUAUUUGGCAGCUGCUCACGAGUCCGUGCCCGCGGCAAACAUGAGGAAGCCUCAAAAAAGUCUUUGCCACCAGGUGACGAUGGUGACGAUGACGGCAACGACAUCGUGCUGCACAUGUCGCAUGCGGAACACGAGCAGAAGAUGCAGGCAGCGUGAAAGUGCAUCACAGUUCUGCAUGCCGUUUGACACGUUAGAUGGCGUUAGUUGCAAACGGCGGCUUGUCGUUCUCGGAGCUCUGCAUAACCAAAACUGAGACUGGUAGGUAAUAAACAGACUGUAUUUAAUUAUCUGUUGCAUGCUGCAGCAAGCAAUGUGCCAUGUUAUGACUAACAGGCCUCCAGCAACAUAUUGCAGCAAAAAAACACCACACCAAAAUUUUUGUGUCAGCACUAUACGCCACACACUGCGGCAUUGAUAUUGUACAAAGUGGCCUGACCUUUAACGAAUAGAUGCAGUACGUUAGGCUCUUGCUUUUUGUACAGGUUUGGUGGCACAGCAGGCUAAUGCAAUGCACUCAGGGGUUGCGAAUGCCUCACUUUUGAAUCGCGUGCUUUAUUUUAAAUGCGUAAGCUUCUCUAUGCCAACUCGAUGUGAAGACAGCAUCCGUUCAUCUGCCCCUCUGUCACGCAAGACAAAUCACUAUAAAGAAAUAAAUGUAUUAAACAAAGUAAAUAUUCUUCGCAGUGCUGGGUUUCGAAUCUAGGGACCCACAUUCAGAAAGCAAUUGUCUCGCCAACUAAGCUGCGCACCCACGUUUGCAGAAUUUGAAUAUAUCUGAAUCUUACAAAUGCAUUGUACUGGCGAUCCAAAAAUAUAUAUAUUUAAAAGGAGAACACUUUUUAUGCAGGCAUUGAGGAAGUAUUUGACGACAGCAGAAUAAAAAGCCUUCCCAUGGACGUGUAAUAUCGACAUUGACCUUGUACAUAUCAGGGAAAUUCGGAGUUUGCGAAAAUUUGAUGCCAAACACACGUUUCGGUGAUCACAGGAUGUGUUUCGGUGGAGUGUUCCAUACGCUGAUGAACGCUAAAAACGAAAAAAAAAAAAGAAAUUUCAUGCCAAUGCCACCCAGAAACGAAGUCCCAGGGAAGGUCACAACCAUAGACCUUUCUGCGGUAAAACAUUAUGCUUCCGCAUCGCUUCAACGACUCCCGAAGGUGAUUCUGCGUAGUUUUUUGUUCUUUUCUUUUUUUCUUUUCAAAUAAUUCAAUAUUCAGCUGUGCCACUCCAAUGAAGUAAUUUGUUUUAGCAAGGGAAUCACGUUAGUGUUAUAAACGGGCAUGCCAGCACCCGUCACUAACGACACUGGCUCUACCACCCGACCUCUCAAUCACCCAUGACAUGGGUCACCCAGUGAUUCUGGCAAAAUAGAGACAAAGCCGAAGGUGCAGUGUUAAGGUGAAAGCCUUAGAUGCCUCAUCAAACACGAAAAGUGACUGUCGGGAUAAGCGUCAACUUGAGUGAUGCAAGAAAUCAUUGUCAUGCGAUGACAGAUUGUCAAAAUUUGUGACAUCAUCGUCACGUCAAUGUGACAUCAGAUGACAUGACGUCACUUGAUGAUAUCAUCAUAUGACAUCAUCGCUUGGUCAUAGGUAGGGCCGAUCCCAGAGGCACGUGAGGCGUAGAAAGCAUUAGGGAGGGGGGCGGUAACAAUUGACUGAAAAGAAAAAGAUGGCUUUCGCCUUCGAGUCACCGUAAGCAAAUGCUACCCUGUGAGUUUUCUUUGUACACCGGCCGUAACUUUAGCAAUAGCCUCUCCUUACGUUUAGAGAUAGCGCUAGACACGGCCUUCUUAUACGGGCACAGCAGAGUACUGUACUUUUGCACAGGAUUUUCAAGGAGGUGUUACAUCUGCUCUAUACAGAAAAUACAAUAUACUGGGUUCAGUGUGUCUGAGUUUAACUGUAUAGUAGCUUAGAUUUUUUUCUUUAAAGUUUAUUCAUUUGUUGCCUGCAUUGUUUCAUUUAAUGAUUUUUCUUUAAAAUGUGAACCACCCAAAAGCAAUUGCUGCCCUGACGAAGAUGAAACGUUGAAACGUUGACUCCAGCGACAUUCCUAGUUUGACGACUUCCCGACGUUUCAAGCGACCUGUAUGUUAAAAUGAAGCUAGAGGCCAUAGUUUGCUUUUCAUCGUUCUGUAGCUCUAUUUUGCUAGCAAUGUGUGAGAAUCCGUCGCAGUCUUUGUUAUAAUAUCAAGAUCACCUCUUUGUUACAACUUUACGGGCAGCUGCUACAUUUCAGUCCUGCCUUAGUGACAGCAACUGCAUCGCAGCGCUCAUACUCGCUUGCGUCGGGUGCCAUUUGUUUGCCAACGUGUUGUCAUCUAAUAACUUGCACUGGCGUACUUUGUCGCACGACAUAGCAAAUGUACAUAGAUCUUCGGGUCAAUCAGUGCGUUUGACAAUGCUCGCGCUGAUGUGGGCAACGCUCCAUUUUACCUGCCGGAGUGCCAAGACAGUAGCAUCAUGGCAGACGUACUAAGUCAUUGCUCGUCAGCACAAUAAUGUUCUUAGAGCCAGUGAUAUGUAUGCUGCUAGUCUCUUGUGCGCUUAGCUUUGGCCUGCUUACAGUACAGGUAACAAGUGAUCUUAAUGAGUCAUAACGCCGUGUCAUAGCGUCCAAACACAAAUUUUUGUUGUGUGUGUGAAACAACUUUUCUCAGCAGGCUUUGUGCAUCGAGACAGAAGUGUUGAUGUCUAACUGCGAAUAGCUGGUAAAGAAAGUAUAGGCAGAUUACGUGAACGUGCACGUAUUACAUAGAAUCUCGACGAUUUUAAAUCUGUUCAUUUGAAUUGAUUCUAGCCGCACGGCUGGUUCUGGCAAAGUUGUACGUUUUUAAACGGGGGGAAAACUCCUGCAAGGUCGAACUCUAAAAGCCACUUAUGGUUCAAUUUGAACAAAUUUCUGGCUACAAUUUGAGAUGACUAUAAGCUUCACCCAGAGAACUGCAGUACGCCUGCCCUUUACCUUUGCUAGAGUUCUACCAGCUGGUUCUUGUUCAAAGCACAAGUACCUCCUCUCAGAAAAUGCAAACACUAGGCUUAUUGAAAAACGAGGUGUUUUCUGACUAAAAUAUUGUGUUUGGCCGAGUACUGAUGUCAGAAUCUCUGACAAAAUUUGUCUGGAUGUUCGAGAUUUCUAUCUAAAACUAGUUACACAAAUGUGUAUCCGUAUCGCGAAAUCCGAAUGGUUAGACACACAGAAGUGCUUUGCUUCUCAAUAAUGAGCGAAUGUAAUUUUAUGGAGCUUUCAGAUCCUACGUUCACAUGCGAAGUGGUGUGAAAAAGUUUAAGG